GGCAUCAGAAGAGGCCUCACUGAGAGCCCUGGAGAGUCUUAUGACCGAGUUCUUUCACACAAGCACCUCCAAUGAGCGCAAGAGAGAAAUUGAGGCUUUGCUGAAUAAUUUUGCUCAGCAGCUUGGAGCCUGGAGGUUCUGCUUCUACUUCCUGUCCAGCUCGCACAAUGACUAUGUGUUGAUGUACAGCCUCAGCGUCUUUGAGAAUUUGAUCAACAAGAUGUGGCUGGGUGUCCCUUCAGAGGAAAAGAUGGAGAUCCGUAGCUCCUUACCCAAACUUCUACUAACCCAACACAAGACUCUCCCAGGAUUCAUCUGCAACAAGCUGUGCAAGGUCAUAGUGGAUAUGGGCAGACAGGACUGGCCAAUGUUCUACCAUGACUUCUUUACCAACAUCUUACAGCUAAUCCAGACCCCCAGCACCACACCGCUGGGGCUCAUAAUGUUAAAGACGGCAUCUGAGGAGUUGGCGUGUCCUAGGGAGGACCUUAGUGUGGCCAGGAAAGAGGAACUUCGCAAGCUGCUGCUAGAUCAAGUGCCAACAGUGCUGGGUCUGCUAACAGACGACCUCCUCAGUAACCUUGUGCACACCCCUGCCUUGGCUAAGCAACUGAGCCAACCCCCACCGAGCCUGGAGGCAGAGAGUGAGCGCAUCUGUGCCCUGGCCCUGGAGUGCCUCUCUCACCUCUUCAGCUGGAUCCCUCUUUCCGCCAGCAUCACCCCCUCACUCCUCACCACCAUCUUUCACUUUGCUCGCCUGGGUUGUGAUGCCCGCUCACGAAAGACUCCUAUAGUUACCACCACCUCUUCUGCCACUCUAAAUGGCCGGAGCAGCAGCCCUCCUCAUCCCUUGACACUGCCCAGCUCACAGACUGACCGUGACCGGCUCGGGGUGUUGGCGAUGUCUUGUAUUAAUGAACUCAUGUGCAAGAACUGUGUUCCCCUGGAGUUUCAGGAAUACCUGUUACGUGUGUGCCAGCAGACCUUCUAUCUCCUGCAGAGGAUUACACGGGAGACAAAUGCUCACAGCGUGCGCAGCCGCCUGGAGGAGCUGGAUGAAAGUUACGUUGAAAAGUUUACAGAUUUCUUACGGCUUUUUGUCAGUGUCCACCUGCGAAGGAUAGAAUCGAAUUCUCAGUUUCCGGUGGUGGAGUUCCUGGCACUACUGUUCAAAUACACCUUUCACCAGCCCACCCAUGAAGGUUACCUCUCGUGUCUCGAUAUCUGGGCUCUCUUUCUGGACUAUUUGACCAACAAAAUCCGAAAUCGGUUAGAAGACAGAGAGGCCAUCAUAAACAGGUACGAAGACGCUCUGGUGCUGCUACUCACUGAGGUCCUGAACCGAAUCCAGUUCCGCUACAACCAAACACAGCUGGAGGAGCUAGAUGAUGAGACCCUGGAUGAUGAUCAGCAAACAGAGUGGCAAAGGUAUCUGCGGCACAGCCUGGAAGUUGUAGCCAAAAUCAUGGAGCUGCUCCCUACACAUGCCUUCACCACACUGUUUGCUGCUCUUCAGGAGAACCUUGAUGUUUAUCUUGGUCUUCAGCAAUGUAUAGUGACCACUGGACAAGAUCAGCGUCUUAAUGUGACUGCAGAGAAUGACUGCCGGAGGUUACACUGCUCAUUGCGGGACCUCAGCUCACUCCUGCAGGCAGUGGGGAGACUUGCAGAGUAUUUUAUCGGGGAUGUGUUUGAGGCUCGCUUCAAUGAUGCUCUCACUGUUGUGGAAAGGUUGGUCAAGGUUACUUUAUAUGGUUCCCAGAUUAAACUGUACAACAUGGAGACUGCAGUGCCAUCCGUGCUAAAGCCAGACCUUGUAGAUGUACACGCCCAGUCAUUAGCUGCGUUACAAGCUUAUUCGCACUGGCUUGCUCGUUUCUACGGCGAGGUCCAGCGUCAAAACCCGGAACAAUUUAUCUCUAUCAUCUCCACAGCAAUGGAAGCCCUGCCCCCUCUAAUCAGCACAAAGGUACAAGAGAAGUUGCUGCUGUCCGCAUGUCAUCUUCUGGUCUCCGUGGCCACCACCGUGCGGCCUGUGUUCCUCAUCAACAUUCCCGCCGUCCAAAAAGUGUUCAGCCGUGUGACAGAUAAUGCUGCCCAGAGACUGCCGGAGGAGGCCCAGGUGCUGCUCUGUCGUGCGCUGUCUAAUGUCCUCCUCCUCCCUUGGCCAAACGUCCCCGAGCCUGAACAACAGUGGGGAGAGCGCUCGAAUCACCAUGCCACCCUACUGAGCGCUCUGACCAGGGACUACCGCGAGCUGAAGGGUUCUGCCCCCCCUCAGAGGAAGGGCCAGCUGGAAACCACUAAGCGUGUCAUCUGUCAGACAUUGGGUGUGCUGAGGGAUAUUGUGGAGAAUAUCUCCAGUGAGGGCACCAAGUCCCGGCAGAUCUGUUACCAGUCCAUGCAGGAGGCAGCCCAGCUGUCACUCGCCCUCUUCCCAGCGUACAUCCACCAGUCUGAUGUGACAGAGGAAAUGCUGAGCUUCUUCUUGGCCUUGUUUCAAGGACUGCGGGUACAAAUGGGAGUCCCGUUCACUGAGCAAAUUAUACAAACCUUCCUCAACAUGUUCACCAGGCAGCAGCUGGCAGAAAGUAUCCUGCAGGAGGGCAGCGCGGGGUGCCAUGUGGUGGAGAAGUUUCUAAAGAUCCUGCAGGUUGUAGUGCAGGAACCCGGCCAGGCCUUUAAGCCGUUCCUGCCCAGUAUACUGUCCCUGUGCAUGGAGCAGCUGUACCCCAUUAUCGCUGAGCGCCCCUCCCCAGAUGUGAAGGCUGAACUGUUCGAACUAUUAUUCCAGCUUUUACACCACAACUGGAGGUAUUUCUAUCGCUCUUCUGUCCUGGCCAGCGUGCAUCGUGAUGGCGGUGAUGAGCCAAUGGAGAAUCAGGCUCAGUUUAUUGCAGUGAUGCAGGCAUUUGGACAGUCUUUCCUGCAGCCUGACAUACAUCUAUUUAAACAAAAUCUCGGCUAUCUGGAGACCCUCAACAGCAAACACAAACUGUACCACAAGAAGCUCUUCCGGGCCAUGAUGCUGCCACAGUUUGUCAGUGUUCUGCUCCAGGUUCUCAUUCACAAGUCCCAUGACCUCCUGCAGGAGGAGAUUGGCAUAGCGGUCUAUAACAUGGCAUCUGUGGAUUUCAGCACUUUCUUCUCCGCCUUCUUACCGGAGUUUCUAGCUGGCUGCCAGGGCUUGGACACCAGCCAGAAGAAUGUCCUAGCCCGAAACUUCAAGAUGGAACGGGAUCUGCCAUCGUUUACUCAGAGCGUCCAUCGCUUGGUCAAUGACUUGCGAUACUACAGACUGUGCAACGACAGCCUGCCCCCGGGAACUGUGAAGCUGUGA